AUGAUAUGUGUAGCUGUUUGCUGGGCAUUUGCUGCGGCGGCAGCAGUGGAAGGGAUUACGAAAAUCAAAACCGGCCAAUUGGUCUCGCUGUCCGAGCAACAACUUUUGGAGUGUGACCGCAACAUUGGCUGCGAAAGUGGUAGCGUCCGAUCAGCUUUUGAAUACAUAAAGACAAAUGGAGGAAUUGCUAGUGAAGAAAAGUACCCAUACCUGAGCACUUCUAAUGUGUCAACGGUCCGAAAAUGCGACACUCAAAAGGAAACUAUGCAUGCUGCCCGGAUAACUGGUUAUAAAAAUGUACCAUCCAACAAUCAAAGUGCUCUACUCGAGGCUGUUUCCAUGCAACCAGUCUCGACUGCCAUCGAGGGUCAUGGAAGGGAAUUUCAGUUAUACAGAGGUGGAGUGUUUAAUGGUUCUUGCGGUCACAUACUGACCCAUGCUGUCACAAUUAUUGGGUACGGGACUGAAAAUGGCACCAACUACUGGCUAAUUAAGAAUUCAUGGGGGGAGAAGUGGGGUGAAAAGGGCUACAUGAGAAUUCUUAGAACUGAAACAUAUGGUGCAGGUCUUUGUGGCCUCGCUAAGCAUGCUUCCUAUCCGAUUGUAUGA